ACUAUCACCAAAUUAGUAGUAAUCGACACGCGUUAUUUAAUAUUUUAUUUAUUAAUAUUAUUAUAAAACUGUGUAAAUAUGACGAAAAAGAAACUUUUGCCGAAUCUGUCGAAGGAGGAGCGGAUGGUGAUAGUGAUAUCUGAAAUCAUACAAGAGUUAUUGAUCGCUCACCGCCAAGGCAAGGAUGUUAACCUCAAUAAGAUGAAGACCAGAAUUUCCUCCAAAUACGGCCUAGGAACGUCUCCCAGACUCGUGGAUAUUAUUGCAGCGGUACCUGCUGAUGCGAAGAGUAUACUAUUACCUAAGUUGAAGGCGAAACCGAUUAGGACAGCGUCUGGGAUAGCUGUGGUUGCCGUGAUGUGCAAACCUCACAGAUGUCCACAUAUAAACUUCACGGGUAACAUCUGUGUGUACUGCCCGGGUGGGCCGGACUCUGAUUUCGAGUACUCCACGCAGAGUUACACUGGCUACGAGCCCACAUCUAUGAGAGCGAUCAGGGCGCGGUACAAUCCGUACUUACAGACACGUCACAGAGUGGAACAGUUGAAACAGUUGGGGCACAGUGUUGAUAAAGUGGAGUUUAUUGUCAUGGGAGGUACAUUUAUGAGUCUGCCUGAGGAUUAUCGAGAUUAUUUUAUUAGGAAUCUUCAUGAUGCAUUGUCUGGACACACAUCAAGUUGUGUUGCUGAAGCUGUAAAAUACUCUGAAAAGGCAAAAACUAAAUGUAUCGGUAUUACAAUAGAAACUAGACCUGAUUACUGUUUGCAGAGGCAUAUGAGUGACAUGUUGAACUAUGGUUGUACAAGGCUGGAAAUAGGUGUGCAGUCUGUUUACGAGGACAUUGCUCGUGACACAAAUAGAGGACACACAGUCAAAGCUGUCUGUGAGAAUUUCAACUUGGCCAAGGAUGCUGGUUAUAAGAUAGUUGCACACAUGAUGCCUGAUUUACCAAAUGUGGAUUUUGAGCGAGAUGUGGAACAGUUUAAAGAAUUCUUUGAAAAUCCUGCAUUUCGGGCUGACGGCCUCAAGAUAUACCCAACAUUAGUGAUCAGAGGAACAGGCCUCUAUGAACUAUGGAAGACGGGGAGAUAUAGAAGUUAUCCUCCAUCAACUUUAGUUGAUUUGAUUGCAAAAGUACUGGCUUUGGUGCCACCAUGGACUAGGGUUUACAGAGUCCAACGAGACAUUCCAAUGCCCCUCGUAUCAUCGGGCGUGGAGCACGGCAACUUGCGUGAAUUGGCUCUUGCUCGUAUGGCCGACUUGGGCACAGAUUGUAGAGACGUGAGGACCAGGGAAGUGGGUAUACAGGAAAUACACAACAAAGUUAGGCCAUAUGAGGUGGAGUUAAUACGACGCGAUUACGUUGCCAAUGGCGGCUGGGAGACAUUCUUAGCGUAUGAGGAUCCAGACCAAGAUAUAUUAGUUGGCCUGCUCAGACUUAGGAAGUGUGCUUCAGACACCUACAGACCAGAAUUAAAGGCUGGCCCUAAAUCAGAUUUCAAACAAUGCAGUAUAGUUAGAGAGUUACAUGUGUACGGAUCUGUUGUACCUGUGAAUGCUCGUGAUCCAACGAAAUUCCAACACCAAGGCUUUGGUAUGUUGCUAAUGGAGGAAGCCGAGAGGAUCGCGAGAGAGGAACAUGGAUCAGACAAGAUGGCAGUCAUAUCGGGAGUUGGCACUAGAAACUACUACGCAAAGAUUGGGUACCAUCUUGAGGGACCCUAUAUGGUCAAAAUGCUUUGAUGUCAAUAAAUAUUAGACAUAAAUGAUGUUGUUUUAAUU